AUAAAAUCCAUCCACUCGCUUUUUCCUAUCGUCAGCUUUUAUUCCUUCCUCUCGUUUUCCCUCUGGGUCACACUUCCUUCACCACUACCUGAAGAACAAAAUAUAUCAGUUCUACCGUCUUUUUCUUAACUUGCCGGUCGCUUCUGCCCUCUUGAUCCGUGCCACUCUCCUAUUUUCGUACCCACUCGGCACCACCACCUCGAGCGAAGAACUUUCCGAGGAUUCCAGACGAACCGAACCGACUCACCUUUAUUCGCCGCCGUUUGGCUUUAACACAUACCAAGCAACCAAGCCAGCAGCACUCAAACGGAAGACACAUCGACUCACCCGACGUACGGGAGGGAUAAAAAUAGGCUACGGAUAUCUGAUUGAAAUAUCCAUUCCCGACACAAGCAGCUUUCCUUACCCUCGUUGCCUACCUACCAUACACAUCAUCCGCCAUGCAUCCUACACGCGUGCUUCAGCUCCUCGCCGCCGCUUCUGUCGCGCAGGCAUCAUGGUUCAACUUCAGAGCAGAGCCUCGCGAUGAAAUCGUCAAGAGACAAACGGGAACCAGCGGUGCUCCCGAGACCACAUCUUCGGUUGCUCAAACCACCACAUCCGCCGCUGCCGAGACCACGUCCACGACAGCUGCUGCUCAAACGACGAGCACCACCGCUCCUGCUCAAACUACUACUACUUCUGCCGCCCCCGUGCCGACCACGAGUGCCAACACGCCCGCUGAGUCCACAACUCCCGCCAACACAGCUGCUCCCACAACACUGAGAACCAGCACCACGGCCUCUGCCGCCAACGACGAGACCACGACCAGCGGUGCCAGUGCCGCAUCCUCAACCCCCACUUCCACUCCCGAGCCCGUUACCUCCACCAUCCGAACCGUCAUCACGACUACCAACUCGGCUGGCCAAGCCACGUCCUUCACCACGGAUACCACCGUCACGCACACGCCGGCACUGAACGAGGCAAACUCAGGCGGCUCUUCCUCCGGCAUGUCUACACAGACCCGCAAUACUGUCAUUGGUGUUGUGGUCGGCGUCGGUGGUGCCAUUGUGCUCGGUGCCCUCGGCUUCGUGGCGUGGAGAAUCUGGGGCAAGAAGAAGCAGGCCGAGGAGAACGACGGCCUGAUGGAGUACAACAACCAGUACGGCAACGAGCCGAAGACCGAGGUUGGCAGCGCUCAGGGAGCCGGCCGCACCCCGUUCCAGUCGACUCUCGAGAGCUAUCACGCGCCAAACCAAGUCAACGCAUCGUCCAACUUCUAAAGCGACGGCUACUCGAGUGCAUGAUGAUUGUUUGUUGCGAAAGAAAGCGUUGAUUCCCCGGUCUUUCGUCCACGGAUGGAGGCACCCCCCCAUGAUUACUCUUUUCAAUCAAAUAUUGCGGCUGGCCACUUCCGCCAGCCAUGUGGAGUUUCGGACUGCCGAACUAUUACGGCGGGCAUGAUUGCAUAUCGCAAGGUCUCGGGACUGUUGAAGAGAGCUACGUACAUAGAUUGCGGAAUUUCUCUUCGUUACCAGUUGUGCCUCGGGAGGAUCACCCCGCUCGACUCGUGCGGGCUUCAAUCGGGCCAUGCAUCAGAACGAGGCAUCGACCCCAGCAGAGACACAUGGAGACAACACAAAGCCUAAUGGACAUGCGUCUGGGUUGGCAGGCUUAACACUGCACUGUGGACGUACGUACAUCGUACAUUUAGAUACUUAACUUACUAUUUUAAUAAAAGGGCCGCCGAAAAGAAUGGGAUGGUAUGUCGAACCAAC